AUGCCGUACAAUGGGGGUACUGAGAGUCACCAGCUGACAGAAAGGCAUCCCCUUUGUCCCAGUGAUCUCUCCGUGCGACUAAGGCACAAAAUGGGCCGACCGUCCCAACAAUCAUGUCUGACCGUGAGAGAUGAAUCAAGGAUCCCCAAUCUUCACAGCAAAAAGAAUUAUGACAAAUAUUCUGAGCCUAGAGGAGAUCUACGCUGGGAAAAAGAAAGAAGUCUUAAUUUUGAAGAAUUAAAUGAUUGGGGUCCAAAAAACGUCAUUAAGAUGAGUACACCUGCAGUCAACAAAAUGCCACCCUCAGUAGCCAACUUGCCACUGAGAUUUGGGAGGACCGUGGAAGAAGAAAGAAGCACUGGGGCAAUGGCCAACCCACCUCUGAGAUUUGGAAGCAAUACAGAGGACAGCAUCUCGAGACGUGUUCCUAACCUGCCCCAAAGGUUUGGGAGAACAGCAAUAGCCAAAAGUGUCACCAAGACACUGAGUGAUUUGCUCCAACAAUCCAUGCAUUCACCAUCUGCCAAUGGGUUACUUUACUCCGUGACCUGCCAGCCCCAAGAAAUCCAGAAUCCUGAUCAAAAGAACCUAAGGAGACUGGGUUUGAAGAUAAUAGAUGAUGCAGAAUUGAAACAAGAAAAAUAA